AUGAUUGGAGGCCCAGAACCCUCUGCGACCUCCAGGCUCUCUGCCUAUCUCUCCAAAUUGAACCCCGUGCCAGCUUUUCCCGAGUAUACCGGACCGUUCAAGGUCGGCACGCUUGACGUCGAGAUUCCAGUCGCCGAUCUUCCUUCACCAGCUCCAUGUCCCGACAAUGCCAGCGAUAUUCCAACAGUGCUGUUCCGAGUCUUUUACCCGGCUGUCGCAGAGUCGAACGAGAGGCUGAUUAGCUGGCUGCCUGCGCCGCAAAGACACUAUGUUUCAGCUUACACAAAGUUCAUGGGCGUUGGACACACGCUGGCUGAGCUCCUCUCAUUCCUCCCCCGACAUCUUCAUUAUACGUCAAUACCCGCGCACAAAAACGCUACAUUGGCAACCCCCGAGACCGAAAACAAGCGAUGGCCGACCAUGAUUUUCUCGCAUGGCCUCGGAGGCAGCCGAAACUCGUACUCAUACAUUGCUGGAUCGCUCGCCUCUCAUGGAGUUGUUGUCAUCUGCCCUGAACAUCGAGAUGGAAGCUCCGUCACUACACAUGUUCGCGUUCCUGGCCAACACGGCCGCCUUGCGCGGAAAGUGAUUCCAUACAACCGAAUCUCCCACGAAGUAUCGCCAGAAGUAUACGAGGCGAGAGAAGCGCAGCUGAGGAUCAGAUUGUGGGAGAUGGGCCUGAUACACGAGGCCAUUUUGGCCAUGGACGCCGGCCGAGAUUUUACGAACCUCAACCUCACUACACCGAGCUUGAGCCAGUUUGUUGGCCGCCUGCAUGUGAAUGAGCCCGGCAGCAUCAUCUUUGCCGGCCACAGCUUUGGCUCCACUACCAUAUACCAGCUCCUCAAAAGCACCUAUUACGCUGCUGUUCCAGAGAUUGCUGGCAUGGAAGCGCCAUUGUUUACUCCUGCAGAGGACAGCAGCAUUCGGAAACAGGUGACAGAGAAGAGCGUCACUAUGCUCCUGGAUAUGUGGUGCAUGCCCCUGCUGUCUCCUAAUUCCAGUCCUCUAUACAAUGUACCGCUCCCAUUAUAUGACGAUGUCCCCUCAGCAGCGGGUGGAAACGCUCUCUUGGCUGUUGAUUCUGAUGCUUUCUUCAAAUGGUCUGAGCAUCUCCACGCUACGGCUCGACUGUUAUCUCCCGAUCCAACGGCCAAGGUUGUGACCCCCGAGAUCUUUGAGAGACCCAGCGGCAACAAACUUGCUGAGCCCAACUUCUUCUACGUUGUCAACUCGGCUCACUUGAGCCAAUCUGACUUUGGCAUUUUGUUUCCCCUCUUGACCAAAAAGGUGUUCAACGCCGUCGAGCCAGAGCGUGCUCUUCGGCUGAACCUGCGAGCACAGCUGCAAUUCCUGCGAGCAAACAACAUUCCCGUAGCGAGAACAUGGAUUGGAGACCUCGUUGAUGGCGCUCAUAUGGACAAGGUGGACCUCGCAAAGAAAGAUGCAAGCGCGGAUGUGGUCGCCGACGGAUUGCAUGACGACAAGGCCAUUUUCGACAGAAGCGCGAACAACAUUGUUGACAGCUGGAAGUGGAUCGACACUAUCGGCAUGGGAGAGUCAGAAGAGAAAGAGAGUGGCAAAUCGACGACGGAGAAGAUUGAGCAGAGUGAGGAGCAGAUGAAGGGCGAGCUGGAGCCCAGCGAACAAUUGACUGAGCCGGCCGCGGUGAAGGGCGUUACUUUACCUCAGGGCCAUGGCUGGCGCGAGAUAUGA